AUGUCGUGGCGGGGAUAUCAGAACAGCGUGAAUGGCAGCGGGAGCGGCGGCGGCGGCGGAUGGAACGGAUCGGCUAUUCCUCCACCUUCGUUUAAUCCGUCCGCGCCUCCGGCUAAUACAUCUGCGCCGGUGUGCUAUAGCUUCCUCUCCCCCGCCGGAUGCCGAUUCGGCCACCGCUGCCGUUUCUCCCACUCCGCGCCUCCCCAAUCCCUCCCCGCAUUUCCGCCUACCCACUCCGCGUUCCCCCCUUCUCACUCCGCGCCUCCCCAAUGCACCUCCGCGUUUCCCCCAACCCACUCCGCGCUUCCCCACUCCCUCUCCGCUUUCCCCCCUUCUCACUCCGCGCUUCCCCAACCCCCUUUCGCGUUUCUCCCUAACCACUCCGCGCUUCCCCAAUCCACAUCCGCGUUUCCCCCUUCUCACUCCGCGCCCCUCCCCUCCCCAUUUCUCGGUUCGACAGCGGAGCAGGAGGGGGAGGAAGGGGCGGAGGAGGGGGGGGAAGUGGAAGACGGGACGGAAGGGGAGGAGGGCAAAGCGGACAGCGUGUAUGGAGAGAAAGAGAAGCAGGGGGGAGGUGGGGAGGAGGACGAGGGGGAGAAAGAGGGAGAGGAGGGUGGGGGGGAGGAGGGGGAGGAAGAGAGGGAGGAAGAGAAGGGACUCAAGGCGGUUGGGGUUCUGGCAGGGGCAGGGGAGAAGGGGAAGGGGAGCACGGGAGAUGGAGGGGGGAGGGUGGGAGAGGAAAGUGGGGAGGUGGGAUUGGGAGCGGAGGGGAGGAGAAGAGGCAGUGGAUCAGGUGCAGGGGGGGUGAGUCAGGGGCGGAGAAGGGAAAAGCGUGUGAAACAGGGGGGAGUGCAGGCAGGCAUACAGGCAGUGCCGCAGGGGCACAGGCAGACGCACAUGCAGGCGUGCAUGCAGAGAGAAACGCAGACGCUCAUGCAGGCGCACAUGGUUACACACAUGCUGACACGCAAGCUGGCACACAUACGAACACACAUAGGGGGGCGCAUAGAGAGGGGCAAGCAGAGGAGGCACGGCAUCGUGAAGGAGAUCAAGCAGCACUCGCCUGAUCUCAUAUGCCUGCAGGAGGUGGACAACCAUGCAGAUCUAUGUGGAGCACUUAACAAGCUGGGCUAUGACAGCAUCUUCCAGUGUCGCACGGGAGGCAACAAGGACGGCUGCGCUAAUUUCUGGAAUACCAAGAGGUGUGUCCCACCCCACGUGUGUCCCAUGCCAGGUGUGUCCCACCCCACGUGUGUUCCAUGCCAGGUGUGUCCCACCCCACGUGUGUCCCAUCCCCUUCAUCUGUGUCCUCUCCCUUCAUACUGCAGGUGGUCCUGUGUUGACUUUCAGUCCAUCGAGUUUGCAGCUGUGGGCCUGAGAGACAAUGUUGCCCUUCUCACCGUGCUCAAGUUUAUUGGAGAAAACAAGGAAGGGGAAGGAGUCGAGGAACUGGAAGAAGGAGAAGAGAGGGAUGAAGAGAAUAGCAGUUGUCUCGUCCUUGCCAGCAUUCACGUGCUCUUCAACCCCAAGCGAGGAGACAUUACACCUCUCAUCUGUCUCGUCCUCGCCAAUAUUCACGUGCUCUUCAACCCGAAGCGAGGAGACAUCAAGCUGGCCCAGAUGUCCCGGCUCCUGUCUGCCGCCCAUCAGCUGUCCGAGAAGCACGGGAGCUGCCCGGUCGUGGUGUGCGGGGAUUUCAACGCCACCCCUGCAGUGAGUAUGGUAUCAGGGCAGCUGGAGGGAGGGGAGGGGCAGCAGCAAGUUCGGUUCCAAUCGGCUUCCCACUUGAAUCAGCACUGGUCGACAGAGCAAUCCGGUGCUUCUGAGACCACCACCAGUGCCACCACCGCCACCACCACCAGUACCACCACCGCCACCACCACCGCUGCUACCACCAUCAGCAGCAUCACAGCAGAGGGAUCGGCCAAUGGCGGGUUGACAUCUGGCAGUUUUGUUUCCAUCUCAGAGGCGAAACGGCAGAGAGUGGCUGUCAAUGAGAACGGGCAGGAGGGGAUGGGGGCAUUGGGCAACGAUGGCAGUGGGUGGGGGGGCAGCACUUUUGCUCUGGCGAGCGGAGGAUUAGGAUGGGGAGGGAUGGGAGGGAUGGGAGGAGUGGGAGGGAUGGGACGGAUGGGAAGAAUGGGGGGAUGGUCCUUUGAGGAGCUAAGGAUUGCAACAGGGAGUGAUGGAGUGGACACUGUUGUGAAACACCCUCUGAAACUCAAGAGCGCGUAUUCACAAGCACCGACCGAGAAUCGUCAUGCAUGCCCCAAGGGAGAACCUCUGCUGACGUCAUUCCAUGCAAACUUCUGCGGAACUGUGGACUACAUCUG